AAAACAUCAGUUCUUCAUUAUCUUCUAUUUACAUUUUAGCAAUUAGAUUUUUAUUAUGAGGGUAUUACCAUCGCCUUCAUAGAUAAGAAUUGUAUUCCUCCUUGUGAAUUACAUAUUCCAAAUUCUGUUAUACUUUUAAAACAUAAGUGUUGCUGGGGUUUGCUGCCAAUCUCAACACUAAGUGUAUGCAUAUUAUAUAGUAUCCGUUUCUCAUCGUUAUAUGUCAUCUGUUUUGAAUAUGAAGUUGAAUCGUGCCUUCUCUCAUAGCAUAGUUCUUUAAUUUUCUUCAAAUCCGUAAAAUUUUUAUAUUCCUUUAUUUUCCAUAUAUUAUAGCACCAUUUAUUUGAUUAAAAAACAAACAAAUUCAAUGUUGAAAAAAGAUGUCUUUACGUUUUAUCAAGUGCUGUGACAUUUAUAUCCACCACAGGAAAUGGUAAAUGGUACGGAUAAUUAUCAGCUGAAAGGGUAAGGGAGCUGGACUCCAACCUGAUUGAACUGAAGAUGACCAUCCGGUACGGAUAAUUUCGAAUUGUGUUGAGGAAAUAGAGGAAUUUGCCAAAUUGUAAUACACAAAUGUCAAAGCUUUAGCCCGGUAGCCGGAGAGCCCCAGUCCAUCACAUGAAGAAGAAGAAGAAAUGUCAAAGGUUAGAGGAUAAAUGUUCUCCAGUUCCAGUGUACCGUGUAUCAUCUUUCUCAAAUGUGUUUACCAUUUUGAAACUAUAUUCAUGUUGACGUGCAGAGCAUCGAAAAUUUAUCUCGGCAAUUAAUAACAAUGACAAUAUUAAUUCACCAAGGAAUUGUUCUGACAACAACUUUGUUCUUUAUCGGAGAGGAAGAGUUAUAGGUUGUUCUAGUGAAUCUAGUUAUUAGGGUAUUGACCCGUUACUUGAGUUCUUUGGUAGCAUCAAAAGCGUUCGAUUAAUUAACUUUGAAAUAGUAGUAUAACUAUGGAAAUCAGAAACGAAAAUAACGGCGUAGAACCUGGGCCAGACAUAACAAUGUUGUCUCCAGAAGUUCAAUUAUUAGGGUCUGUUACCAGCAUUUCAGAGGGACCUGAGAUGAAAGGACAGCAGCUGAGGUCCAGUGCUCGUGUUUUUAAGAAAAUGAAAAUGGACGUAUCUGUACCAUUAGCACCAGAAAAAAUCGAGAAGAAAGAAGAACACAAGCCAGACACUAAAAAGUGCUUUAGACCUUUGUGGACAUCUGAUGACAAGAGUUUAUUUUUUGAAGCUUUGAAUGAGUAUGGAAAAGAUUUUGAAAAUAUUCAUCUGUACAUAAGCAAUAAAUUUCGAAAGAAAGGUGUUCCGGAUCACUUGAUCAAAACGAAGGAUCAAGUCAGACAUUUAUACUAUCGAACCUGGCACAAGAUUUCCAAAUAUUUGACAUUUGCUGAUGGUAUCAAAAAAAUAGCACAAGAACUAUAUGCUUUAAUAAAUUAUGGCGAACUGAGAAAGAAAAUAGGAUCUGUCAGCAAGAAAAUUCUACCAAAACUGAAAGAAUUAGUAUAUAAAGGUUCUUUGAUGGUGAGGUUGAGAGGUAAACAGGUACGAGUGAAGACUCCCAUGUGCAAGGCACUGAGAAAGUUGAAUCAGCUUGAUGAAAAAUAUGAUGAAAUCAGGUUACCAAAUAGGUUGACUGUUGAACUAAGACCUAAAGAUAUGACUUCGUUCUUCAAAGUGCAAAGCACUGCUCAAAACCCAAGACUGAAGACAUCACUGCUACUACAAAAAAGAUUAGGUAUAUUGAUAGAAUGUCUUGAAAAGAAAUGGAAAUCAGUAGAUGCCAGAAUAUAUGAUAAGGCAUUAGUGUUUUCCAGGCCAGUCACAAACGAAUGUUUGCCUCCAGACAAGGUCAUAGAAGUUAAUAAAACACUGUUGAAUCCUCCUUUGAGGCUCACUCCUCCAGCCAACUGUCGUAUCGAGGUCCCGUCAAUAAACUUGGGAGAAUAUUUCACUCAACAAAACAUUUGUCUCAGCACCUAUGAAAAUCGGGUUGGUAUUACAAACUACAGUACAUCCUGUAAAUAUAAUGAUUUCAAACUGAUUAACAAAUCAGGUUCCCGUAAAGGGGGUGCAAGAUCUAGAAUAGAUAGUAUUAGUGAUAAGUCUGAGAAAUCUCCACAAAAAAAUAGUUCCCACACGGAUGAUAACGAUACUUGUGAUAAUGAGAUAAAUGCUGAAGGUGACAAAGGAGCCGAUGAGCUUCAGAAUGUGGUAGAUAAGGUAAAACAGGAAUUUGAAGAAGUGACAGUUAAGGAAGUUAAACUCAAAGAAAUAGUAAAAGUUAAUGUUCAAGAAGAGAUUGCCAAUCAAAAAAAGGAAAGAAUAAACACUAUCAGAAAGGGAUGGACUCAAAAAGACUGCCAGAGUUUAACUAUUGGUGAAGUGUAUCUUAUGUUUGGGUCUGAUUCCAAAUUAAUUCUGGAAUAUAGCUGGGACAACCCAAUUGAAGUGCUGCCUAAAACCGAAACAAACAUUAAUAUGGAAUUGAAGCUUGAAGAGGAAAUGGAUACAUCGAAUAUUAUAUCUCAGGAACAACCAAAAAAUUUGGAUCUCAGUGAAUCUUUGUCAAAAUUAUUGUCAGUUGCAAAACUUCACUAUCGCAAAAAUAUCAUAAAAUGUCCAUGUGGACACGUUUGCGGUGUGAAGAACAAUGCUCAAUUGAAAAAAGCAAUGGAAACCAAAAUCCGAAAAAUUCUUACAGAUAUCGAUAAGUGCACAGAGGAAGUGGAGGACAAAAUAACGACAGAAGAAAAUAUGUUUGAAAGCACGACAUUCACACCUCCUCCUGCUUAUGUACAGCCAAAGAUUGCUAUACCUCCCCCAUAUUUUCAACAACGUAAUACGGAAAAUACCCCCAUGGUCAAACUUGUGUCCCAAAUUGAUUCGAUUCAAAGACUUUCACCUAAGUAUUGUAAUCGAAAAGGAAGGAAGCCGAGAUCAAAGCAAGUUGUUGUUGAAAGGAAGCUUCCUCUACUUCCCAAUAACAUUGAAAGUGAGCACCAAAUUGUGAGAAUGAACAUAAUUUCCCAGGAAGAAACCAGCAUAGGAACAGGAGAGAGUGUGUUUGAAAAUAGAACAGGUUUCAACAAUCAACCUAUCACUGAUAUGGCAGGAGAAACCAUCAGAAACAGUCCUCCUUGCAGUCCCUCUAGAAUUCUGAAGGAAGAAGACAACCAGUGGAUCAGUUCCGAAGUAGAGGAUUAUUCACUUAGUAGUCUUUUAGGACGUUUAGAAUCUCCGAUGAAGCCGGGUACUUCUAACUCAAGUAUUAUGGGUGAUGACUCCCGGUUAUCCCAGGAUGUUGAUGCUCAGCUUCAUUCGAUGCUCACUCAGAGCAGCAUAGAUUUUUCUGCAAAUUUUGCCGAUCUUGCAGCUCAAGUUGUUAAUGAUUCCAAACAUAACUGAAUUUGUAUUAUGUCAGUUUUGAUAGAAAGUAGAUUAGUAGUAGCAGCAAAACAUUUUUACUUUCAGUUGUUGAGAAAAUUAGUGACAAAUAUUAGGUCAUAAAGAUUCACUACUUUAGAGAUUAGAAUGCACACCAAAAAAUGAAUUGAUUUCAUUACUUAACAAUCAUAUUUAUUAUUCAAGACAUUUUUUGUUGGAGAAUGUUUCUCAGAUUUGAAAAAUUUUUUUGGAACUCAUAACUUUUUACAAUUAAAUACAUGAAAAUAUUAAUGAAUCUAACAAAUUGUCAGAUGUGCCUGUGAUCUGCAGGUUUAUAUUCCUGAUGUGUCAUCUGCUACUGCGAUAGACGUUAUCAAAGGCGAUGUAGCAAUAGUCGAACUGAUCCACCUUACUGCGAUGCGCAUCUUGAAGAUGAUUCUGGUGAGUUUGUACUUAUAAUGGAACAAGGUGUCGGGCGAUCAACUGCUCUUGCCCGAUCCUUUUUCAAUUAUUGGGAGAAUCUUUGUGUGUGCCGGUAUCCAUGUCUCGUUGAUGUUUAAGGUCUCUUGAUUAUAGAAUUAUUCUAUUUUCAAUAUGAAUUUCUACAAAAU